AUGGAUGCAAGCAAUAAGCCUUACGUUGUUGCCGUCAUCAUACAGCUCAUCUACACUGGCAUGUUCGUCGUCUCCAAGGCAGCCUUCAACCGAGGCAUGAACACCUACGUCUUCAUCUUCUACCGUCAGGCAGCUGGCUCUAUCCUCCUGCUGCCUCUCGCCCUUCUUCACCAAAGGAAAAACAGCCGAUCAGCACCGUCAUUCGUGUUGCUGCUGAAGCUCUUCUUCUGUGCAUUAAUCGGGAUCACAUUCAGCUUAAAUAUGUACCAUGUGAGCCUCAAGUACACCUCCACAACUGUGGCGGCUGCAACGGACAACUCCUUGCCAGCGGGCAUAUCUCCUUCAGUUACCUUCUUCCUCGCGCUGCUGCUGAGGAUGGAAGUUGUGCAUCUGAAGAGUCCCUCAGGCAUUGCGAAGCUCACCAGCGUCGCGCUCUGUAUCGCCGGAGUACUUACCGUCGCCCUUUACGCCGGGCCAUUGCUGAACCCUUUGAGCCACAGCCAUCGCCAGCUCGCUCCUGGGGCUCCAUCGAGGUCCCAGGGAGCGGCCUGGAUUAAAUGGACGUUUCUGAUGAUUGUGGCAAACGCGGCGUGGUCCCUGUGGAUCGUCCUGCAGGCGGCGUUGCUGAGGGAGUACCCUUAUAGGCGAAGCUUAGUGCUUGAGCGGCCGGCGUAG